GAGGUAAGCGGCGGGGUCACCGCGGGGGGCUCCGCUUCCCUGGGCCCGGCGCCUUUCGGACCCGUGCCCCGCGGGGUGCCGGGGGUCCUGGCGGCAGAGCACGUCCCGGUCCCGGCGCCGCCUUCCCGCGGCGGGCAGCGCGUCUCGGGACGCGCUGGCAACUGCGAGGGAAAAGUUUCCUCAUGGAAAGGGGGCGGGUGGGGGAGGCGGUACCCGGCUGGGCGCUGGCUGUGGGCAGGAGGGGACUGGGAGGCGGCUCGGCGCGGUUGGUCUGGAGGCGCAGCGGAGACCCCCGUCUUUUUUCAGAGUCUGAAGAGCUUGAGACACACUUGCCGGCUUCCCACUGCUCCCCUGUGGCAUCUUGCUUUGGGUUUCAGGUUAACUGAAAUCUGCAAACAUUCCCUGCUGCAAGAAAAAGAGGGUGAUGUCAUCAGAGGAUGAUGCUGGCGGGGAGGCUCCUGGGGGCAGUUUCUGGGAGGCUGGGAACUACAAGCGGACAGUGAAGCGUGUGGAUGAUGGGUACCGGCUCUGCAAUGACCUCAUCUCCUGCUUCCAGGAGCGAGCCAAGAUAGAGAAGAACUAUGCCCAGCAGCUAACAGAGUGGUCCCGUAAGUGGAGGACCAAUGUGGAGAGAGGUCCGCAGUAUGGUACUCUGGAAAAGGCCUGGCAUGCCUUCCUGACAGCUGCAGACAAACUGAGUGAAAUUCACUUGGCUGUCCGGAACCACCUGGCUGGUGAAGAUUCAGAUAAGAUCAAGGCCUGGCAGAAGGAGGCCUACCACAAGCAGAUGAUUGGAGGCUUCAAGGAAACAAAGGAUGCAGAGGACGGGUUCCGAAAGGCCCAGAAACCCUGGGUGAAGAAGAUGAAAGAUGUGGAGACUUCUAAGAAAAACUAUCAUGCAGCCCGGAAGGAGGAGAAAACGGCCCAUACAAGGGAGAACCAUGCCAAGGCAGACUCGUCUGUCUCACAGGAGCAGAUGCGCAAGUUGCAAGAGCGUGUAGAGAAGUGUACUCAGGAGGCUGAGAAGUGCAAGGAUCAGUAUGAGAAGAUGCUGGAAGAAUUGAAUCGUUACAAUCCCCGCUACAUGGAGGACAUGGAGCAGGUGUUUGAGGGCUGUCAGGAGGCAGAGCGCAAGCGAUUAUGCUUCUUUAAGGAGAUGCUUCUGAAUCUGCACCAGCAUCUUAACCUCUCCACUAGUGAAAGCUUUCAUGCGUUGUAUCGGGAUCUCCACCAAGUCAUCAUGGCUGCAGACAACCAGGAGGACCUCAAGUGGUGGCGCAACACUCACGGACCUGGCAUGGCAAUGAAUUGGCCUCAGUUUGAGGAAUGGUCCCUUGAAACUCAGAGGCAAAUCACCAAGAAGGAGAAGAGUGGCAAGAUGGCUGAUGAUGUCACACUGACCAGCAUUUUGCCUACACGAGAUGGUGUUGUCUCACAGACCCCUCUGCAGACAAGGUUUUCCUAUCAAGAGGAGCAGAACAGCCUCUUCUAUGACACCCUGAAGGCACCAACCUAUGUGAACGGAGGGAAGGAAGACAUUUCAGAGUGGUCAGAUGAGGACACUCCCAAGAAGUGCCUGGAUGCCAAUGGGCACGAGGAAGACCUAAAGGUACCAGGUGUACGGGUACGAGCACUCUAUGAUUACACAGGACAGGAGGCUGAUGAGCUGAGCUUUAAAGCAGGUGAAGAACUAAUGAAGAUUAGUGAGGAAGAUGAGCAGGGCUGGUGCAAGGGUCGACUUCUCACUGGUCAGGUUGGACUCUAUCCUGCUAAUUACGUUGAGAAGGUUGGAUCAUGAUUGCUGCUGCCCUGCCAGUGCCUCACAGCCAUACCAGCAUCUCCUGCAGAGGUCACUGGGUCACUCCUGGCCCCAACCCACCUUUGCAGUAUAUCCAGCAGCUUCUGGACUUUAAAGGCACAUAUUCCAUGUAACUAAUGCUUCAUUUUAAACAUCUAGAUCUGUAGGGUUUCUAAAAAAUAAACAAGGAUGAAUAAAGACUUUUCUGAGCACUACAGUAGUGUAGGAGUGCAGAAAGAAACCAAUCCUUUUGACUUGUACUCAGUCAAAGGAGGUGUUUUCAUGGAUCUCUAUAAAAGAGAGGAAGCAUAUUUCCUUGACUUCAAUGCACAUGCAUCCAUAGGGUGUUAAGGUCUGUCCUGCCUCCAGGCUUCCCGUUCAAGGAAUUUUGGAUAUGCAGGGUAAUAGGGAACUUCUACUAUUGCUUCCCCUUUUUAGCUCCAUCAAGCUGACUGGCAGAAAGCUCUUUAUUCUCAUAUGUCUUUUAUAAGUUUUCAGUAUUCCUCACCUGCAAGCUUGUUGGCUUCCCUGAUAAGGCAGCUGGUAUAAGUGAUACAGCUUCAACCUGAACAUCCCUUUUUACUGCCCUCAUAUUUAUUGGGAUAACCCCAGGAAUGAAUGAUAGUAUGGCUGAGGCACAGGAGAAAAGCUUCUGUCUUGCAUGGUAUGGCUGUUCAGGCUAAUGAGUUGUGAACAGACCUUUUGUGCAGCCAGUUGGAGUUGACUGAAUGCUCCUUGAGCUAAAAUGGACUUUGACACAUGCUGAAGGCUGGUUUUAACAAAAUUACAGCCACGUUCCAAUGCUGUUCUGCUUAGGAUUCCUAAAUUCAAUUGUGUAUGUUGGGGUUUCUAAUGCAUCUCGAUUAUUUUGGCUGCACCUCUCUUCAAGAGCACUUAGCGCACAGCAGAGACCCUCUUUUUUUUUCCUUUCUGAUAUCUUCUUGACUUACACAGAGCUAAAAGUGCACUCCCUGCUUUGCCAAAGACCCCUGCACUGUGAUGAGGGUUGCACUGUGGAAGCUGCCUGCUGGUUGGCAGUAAUUACCCAUAGAGGGGUAACUCCCCUUUUUGUCUUCAAUUGCUGCAAGUGCACUUAUGCCCAGUUUUUAAGUGCCAUUCAGCAGGGAGGAUGUAUCAAACAUCUUUAUCUCAUCUGUCCUUCUGCCUUUGAAGCUGCUGGGAAGACCUGGCAUCCUGAUCCUAGUGCUCUGCAUAUUCCAGCAUAGGGACUGAUAAGAGCUUGAGGGAACAAAAAACUGGAAAAGGGCCCAUUGUUGGAGAAAAAAAGGCAAACAAGCAGUUGCUUAAAAAUGGCUUACUUAGUACUGCUUGAAACUGCUGCUAAAAUGCAUUUUGAGUUUGUAGUAACCUUCUGUAGUGACAUUCUUAUUCUGGCCUAGCAAGUGUGAGUGACCUGUCUAAGUCAGACUCUCAAUACUCAGUCGUGCCUCCACCAACCACUUGGAGUGAACUGCUUCAGAGCUGUUUGGAAAAAGGGGUGCUACACAUAAGUCUGAAGUCAUGGGUGAACCUCAGGAUUAAAUGGUCAGUAUUGUGUUAACAGCAACUAGUAAGCCAAAAUGCAGACUGAAACAGAGCAGCAGAUGGACACAUUCAAACACUGUUAAUUUAUGAAAAUUAAAGUAUCACAAACAUCUCAUUGCCUGGACGUCUUAAAGUAUAGUCUGCCAUGGACAAAGAGAUGGGAGACUAAUGCUGUUUAUAAUGCUUUUGUGAGGCCACAGGAACUUACAGUUGAAAGGUUUUUCUUGAAAUAUCCCUAGCACUGUACUUCAUGAAUGGGGAAGAGAGGUGCAAACCAAAAGAACAAGGCUCAAGCAUUUUGCUCAGAGUCUGUUAUGUAAUUUCUCAAUAAAAGAGAAAGUAUUUACAAAAGGCAAUUAAAUAUCUAAGCAACAGCCAUUAAAAAUGCCUGGAUUUAGCUAUUCAUUUAAUUUGCAUUCUAGGCUCAGUAUCUGAAGAUGCCUCUAAACUUAUGCCAUGUAAUUAGAGGUGUUGGUGUAUAAGCACAUGGAUUUAUUUAAAGAUCCAGUCUGCUUUCAGUUCUGUGUUCCUAGAUAGACGUAUCAUUAGUAUUGUGCACUAAGUGUUCCACUUGCUAACCCACAAUGGAAUGAUUUGUUGCUUCUUUGUCCUAGCGUGAAUGUGAAGAGAGCCAUGCCUGCCAGGCUUCUGAGAGAACUGAGACUAAAACAGGGCUAAAAUUACCUGAGGUGUCCUAUAAACAAUACUGAAGUUUCCCUGAUUAACCUGCAUAUUUCAAACACUAAUGCUAGACUUUCAUGUAAGGUCAAAAAACAGUAGAAGGAAGCGUUCUAGUCAGGCUGUAAUUAGGGAUGGAGCUAGGUGUGGCCACAAUGUGCUAAAGGACAGAAAUGUCCAGUGGACAGGACCUCUGAUUACAGUACAAACAACCUGAAAUUCCACAGGGCAAAGUCUGAACCGACUUGUUUGUCCUAGGAAAACAUGACCACCUGACUACAGUGGGCUGCCUGAAGGUUUCCAGAAAUAGGGACAUAUUGCAUCUUAUGUGAACAAGUUCCCUAAGGAAUGUUUUGCACAUCAGAAAUCCCUGCCAAGAGCUGAAGUAAUGGACAGCAGACAACACACUGAGAAUGAAGAAUUGCUUGGCUGGACUAUACCUCACAAAUGGGCAUGGCACUUAGUCCUAGCUACCCAAAACCAUCUGGAUUAGUAAGCCUGUGUAGUAAAUAUCUGGAUGGAGGGAAAAAAAACCAAAACAACUCAACCUACAUCUAAUGAUCUUAUAUUAAAGUAAUAGCUCUGCCUGGAUACUUGGUUUUCCACAGAAGCAAAUGAGGUUUUGUUAACCACAAAGGUUCUAGCUGAAACUUCAUGCCAUGCCAAAAGUUUUGUGUGAGACAUGUAGACAUAAACUAAUUGCUGUGCCUGAAUUCCAGAAGGCCAGUGAAGCCUGUUCUUCCCCUGUGGUUUUUAUAAAAAAAUACAAAUGCAUCUCUGUGCCUGAUGUGCAACACAGUGAAUAAUUAUCUAGUCAUAUUUUAUUUUUUAAUAAAGCCAUUCUUGUGGAAAGCCCAUA